AUGGGCGACUCUGACGUCGUCGUGUUGAUCGGCGAGGAGGGCGCCGUCAAUACCUUCACGCGGGGCCACUUCCAACUCGAGUACCGUAACAAACGCAUCGAACAGUCCAAAGCCAAAAGCAACGCCGGAACCAGCCGCUCGACCCCCAACGAUGUCCCUGGACCAGCUGCAGCGGCAGGUCCCCCCACUCAAACCAGUUCCCCUUCUCAACCUCUACACCAAGUCGGAAACGGACUGGAGUCGCGUUCCGAUCAUCCCUCCCAGGCCACCCUCCGCACUGAUACUCAAAACGAGUCCCAGACCCUAACCAAGGCCCAGCAGUCGAGAACCCAGCCACACCUGUGGAUUCCUCCGCAAGAGUCCAUUCGCGCGUGUUCCCUCCUGCUCAUGGUGCAGUGCCUCUCCCAGCUGCUUUUCAUUCCCCAGGGUACGCUGUUCGGGCAGCUCAUCAUGCUCUCGUCCAUCCACCGCGAAGAGAUACAGACCGACAUCCUCUUCGACAUCCUCGGGAUCGGAGCUGGCGAUGUCCGGAAGUACGCGUUCAACAAUUGGAUGGAGAGCGUCGUGUUCACGAGCCUCGUGCUUGCGUCGGCCAACUACGUCAAGGCUCCCCGCGCACUCCUGAAUGGGAUGUUGCCUAACGAUACGCUGGUGUGGAACAUGUGGAAGAACGCGAUUGAGAGGAAGCUCACUGAGAAUACAGAACUCGGCGUGAAUGCCAACACCAACUUUGAGGCCACCGAAGAGGACAGGAAAGGUCUACCAGACAUGAACGACUCGGAUAUAGAACUACGAAAGACAUUCGUGAAGGAUGCCGAAGUCGCUUGGAAGACAUGGACAAUGGUCGGCGACGAUAACUGUUUUGGACAAUGA